AUGAAAAAAGACUUUAGAACAGCCUACCUUAAUACAUUAGGGUUUAAAGGUGGACAGUUAAAGUCAUCACUCGAAGCAAUCUUUGAACAGAGGGUGAUAGACUUGCCCAAGUUGAAAAAGAUAUGUAAUAUAUUUGAAAUACCUAGUCAGUAUAGAAACAAGCUAUGGAAGAUACUGUUGGGUGUCACUACAUCACAUCAAGAGACUUGGGAUUUCAUUCAAGAACAAAGAACCAUAGAAUAUGAAGAUUUAAAACACGCUGUAAAUUUAGUUAGAAGAGGUAAUCUACCUGAAUCUUUUUAUAAUCAAUGGAAAGAAAUAACAAAACAAUAUACAAUGGAUUCAGAUGAAUUGAUUGUAUUGGAAGCUAAAGAUAUAGCUGCAAACGCAUUGGCAAUCAUUUAUCAUACAAAGGAACGAUACUUUAACUUUCAAAAUGGAUUAUAUUAUGAUACAUCUUCAAUUGAUAUGACAACAAUACGUAAUGGUACUCUAAGUACUAGUUCUAAUAGUAGUAGUAUUGGUAGUUCUAUUAAUAACAACAACAAUAACAACAACAAUAAUAAUAAUAAUAAUAAUAGUAAUAAUGGAGUUGAUAGUCAAUCAUCUUUAUUAUCAUCACCAUCAAGUGGAUCAGUACCAUCAUCAUCUCCAAUAUACUCAUCAAUUGCUAUAUCAUCAUCUGAUAGUCAUCCAAUGGUCAUGUAUGAUGCUACCUUUAAAAAUAUGCCAAGUCAAUUAAAUACUUUAAUCCCAAAUCAUAAUAAUAUUAAUAAUAAUAAUAAUCCACAAAAUACUGUAAAUAAUAAUCAAACAAAUGAACAAAAUAUAGGAGUAUCAGGAGAUACAAGUGAAAACAGUGAUGAUAUAAAAUUGGAAGAAUUGGUAGAUGAAUAUACGUCAUCUAGUAGUAAUAAUGGAUCAUUUACACCACAAUAUGAAGAUAGUCUAAAAUUGGUGGCAGAAGUAUUUUGUUAUGUAUGCGAUAAUGAAGUAGACGCAUUUUGGUGUUUUAAUAAUUUUUUAAACAAAGCUUGUAAACAAUAUGGUCACAAGGAUAUUGGAAUUUAUCAUCAAAUUAAUAUAUUAUCUAGAUUACUUGAAUUAUAUGAGAGACCAUUAUGGAAUCAUUUUCAUCAAUAUAAUGUUCACGUGGAUCAAUUUAGUGCAAAGUGGUUUAAAACCUAUUUUACUAGUUGUUUUCCAACCCUAUGUUUAGAUAGACUUUGGGACCGAAUCAUUGGAGUGUCAUUAGAUUAUAUGGCAUUUUUUGGAUUGGUGAUUUUGCAAUCAAAAAAAUCAAUCAUCAUGGAGAAACAUUCAACAAACGAUAUUCUAAAUUACUUGUUAAAUUUCUGUGUCGGUCAGCCCUAUUCCUCUUCCUCUUCUUCAUCCGAAAGAUAA